AAAAAAUGGCACACAAUAUCAAAAAAAUUUUUUGUGUCGGAUUAAAGAAAAAAAAUCAAAGUACACAAAGAGCACAAAAUACAAUACCGCAAAAUAAAACAAAACCAAAAUGGAAACGAUUAUUUUUAUUGGGGAGAAGAAAAAAAAACGAUUCGAAAAAUCAAAAAAUUGUACAAGAUGAGAAAGAGAAAAAUCUAAUAUUACCAACCGAUUGUUUACUUGAAAUAUUUAAAUAUUUUCAGGAUGAUUUAAGAACAUUACAUUCUUGUCUUUUAGUUGACAAAAAUUGGUGUAUUAGUACAGUUCGAUUAAUUUGGAAACAACCAUUUUUAAAUAAAAGUUCACCAAUUAUCAUAGAUGUAUAUUUAUCAUGUCUCACAUUACAUGAAAAAAAAAAUCUUAUUAAAAAUGGAGUGGAUCUUACAAACAUUACGAAACCUGCAACUUUUCAUUAUGCUAACUUUUUACGUCACUUAGACAUGAAAAAUUUCUAUGCAGCCGUUGAGGCUCGAAACAGAGUUAAUAAGAUCGUCGAAAAUCGGCACACAGAUUUAAUAUGUCGUGCUUUAUGCAGACUUUUUACGACAAAGUGUGAAAAUAUUCAAACGCUACACUUAAAUUGGAAUUAUGUCGGAGGAUGGAAAAGAUAUCCGAUCUUCCCUUAUCAACGAAGUGCAUCGAAAUUUUUGAAUGAAUUGAGUGAACUUUCAAUUUAUAAAGUCAAUACACGUGAUAUAUUCUUAGACAUGGAAAAACAUUCCAAAAAUCUCGUAAAAUUAGAAAUAUUGGAUUAUUGUUUUGACAAUCUUCCAGAGCAUAGACACAAAUCCAUAUAUAUGCUCAUAAAAAAUCAAAAAAAUUUACAAAAUUGUAAAUUAUUUGCAUAUGGUAUUUGUCCUGUGAUACCAAUGAAAGCUUUAGAUUUUCAAACAAAUUCAUUAAUUCAUUUUGAAUUAAUAUAUGCAAAAUUUCCAUCUGACAAUAAUGCUUUUAUAUCAUUAUCAAAUUGUCAUAAUUUAAAAACUUUAAUUAUAGAAUAUUGUUAUUUUGAAAAUCAAGAUAUUCUUCGACCUUUAAUUCAAACUCAAUUUCCACAUUUACGUAAAAUUAGAUUUAAAAGUUUACAAAGUAAUGCGUCAGAAAUUUUUGUCGAAUUAAUUAAAAAAAAUUCUAUUUCAUUAAGGGAACUUCAUUAUUCUGAUGAAGUAUCUCGACAAUUUAAUCAUUUAAUAUUAGAAACAAUUGUAACUUAUUCAACGACAUCUUUAAUCUCUCUCACAAUUCCCUUUAGAAAUUGUCAAACACCUCAAUUAAUAACCCUUUUAUCCUUUUCCAAUCAACUUCAAAGUCUUAAAUUAAUUGGACCUUACGGUCAUGAAAGAGCUUUUGUAGAAUUUUUACCUGUAUUAGCAAAAUUAUUACCAAGUUCUUUACAUCAUCUUAGCUUAGAUUUGAAUUGGGUUAUAAUGAAUAAUUUACAACAAUUUUUAACAAAUUUAAAUACUCGACUUUUUACUUUUUAUAUUUCUGGUUGGUCGAGACGAAUUCGUGAAAGACAUGUUGAAACAAUUAAAACUUAUUUACAACAAUAUAAUCCUACAUUAGAUUUUUACGAUUUUUUAAAAGACAUUACUUAGAUAUUAUAAAAUGGUGGAUGAACAUUAUUUUUGUAAAAAAUUAAUUUAGAAAAAAUAAAAUAAUUAAAAUAAUUGUAUAUAUUAAUUACAUAUUCGGCAUAUCAGAUGUACGAUCAUAAAUUUCUAUAGAACUUCACGGACAAUUUUUUUUUU